GUUUUUUUGGCGCUUCCUGGAUGACGGAGCGUGCGCUAAAUUUGAAAUAAGUGCGAUGACUCACGAGUCGAACAUGCGUAGAUAAUUAUUGCAAAUUAAAGAAUAUCCAGUUAAAUCAGGAUGUAAUUGUUAAGAGAGAAACAUCUCUGAAAUGUUAUAUAGCCUAAAAUUGCACUCCAUUGCCUAUUUUGUAAUAGCAAGCUUGUGUACACAUUUUUUAUUAAAUUUGUUUGUAGAUAAUAGAGUUAAAAAUGAGUAUCCUGUGCUUGUCUGGAAGAGUAGUAUUGUUCCUGACAGGGAUCGACUAAUUAUUUGCUACGACAAAAAAUAUGAAUGUUUAAUUACUAGAAAUGAGACCAAAAACAAUGUGUCUGUAUUCAUGUUCUACGGAAGUCAUUUGGAUAACAAUGACUUUCCUUUGCCUAGAAAUGGUGAAAUAUGGGCGCUUUUUCACGAGGAGUCUCCCAGAAAUUACGCACCAAUAUUAUUUAGGGAAAUGCAAGGUUUAUUUAAUAUUACAGCAACUUUUAGUACAAAUAGUGAUUUUCCAUUAACUCUACAGUAUUUGCCAAAUAUUAACAGUAUUAUUGAUAAAACAUAUUUUAAAUCAACAAAAGAAAAAAAUAAUUUUAUUAAAACAAAAAAUAUUGCCUCGGUAUUAUUUAUACAAUCGGACUGUGAUACACCUAUAGAAAGGGAUAAUUUUAUUUCAAAACUAAUGGAAUACAUAAAAAUUGACUCGUAUGGUGCAUGUUUACACAACCAGGAUUUUUCUAAAGAAAUUUCAACAAUAUAUCCAUUGGAUCUUUACAAUCCUGUAUUUUUAGAGUUUAUAUCACAGUAUAAAUUUAUCAUUGCCUUUGAGAACUCUAUUUGUGAGGAUUAUAUUACAGAAAAACUUUGGCGCCCUCUCAUGGUGGGAUCAGUACCAAUUUACUUGGGCUCUCCUUCAGUCAAAGCAUGGCUACCUAACAAAAAGUCUGCCAUUUUGGUUGAUGAUUUUGACAGUGCGAAAUCUUUGGCAGAUUUUAUUAAAGUUGUAAACAGUAAUGAUACUUUAUAUGAUUUGUUUUUGGAACACAAAUUAAACGGAAUUAUAGAAAAUGAUGAUCUUAUAGACAAAUUUGGCUUUGGGUUAAAUAAUGAGCAUGAAAAUGCUAUAACUGCCUUUGAAUGUUUUGUUUGUAAAAAAAUCCAUCAUGGAAGAUAUAAGGUGAAAGAAGGUUCAGUUUUUGAUUGCCCUUAUCCCAAAAAUAGUUCUUGGAAUGGUUUUUGGGAUGCUGGAAGAUAUCAAGCAAGAGCCUUGAAAAUAUUAAUGGAGAAAAAUGUAAAGUUUUCAAACGCAACUUAUGAGAAAUUAUGGAAAAAAUUAUUUUACAAGGAAAACUAAAUCCGUCCUUACAUGAAUAAAAAACCAAAUAUUCAUUAUUGAAACCAAG